UAGGGAAUUCCCUAGGGACAUGUCGGGCAAAAAUCCCUCCACCCGGGCCUUAUUCACAGCUGUUUUUCAUUUCCCUGUUUGAAUUUAUGUGGCGCCCCUUUCGUUAGUUACCUGUCCUCUCACAGGAAGAAAGAUAACCUGUGGAAAUUCUCCAAUUUUGCUUAUAAUCCUUAUUAUAAAUAACAAAUUAGUGCUGCCUGUAGGUUAAGAUGAGCACUUUGUUCAUUAUAUCUACCUCCUUGUACUUAUUCUCGUAUGUGAUCCCUUCGGUGAUUAAAUACAUCGUUGGGUGGUUUUUCUCUGAGCCCAAGGGGGAACAAAAUUUGCGGAGUGAAAUGAUCAAAUUGGAACAGGAAAUGUCGAGUAUUUCGAUGGUUGAUGAAUUCUCGAGAUACACGAAGGUGCAGAGAAAGCAUACGAAACUCAGAGAGGAUUUUAAAAAUCUAGUGUCAGUCAGGAUGUCGGCUAGGGCGAAGGCUGUGUUAUUCUUCACUUAUUCAGCUCGAGUCUUCAACGGACUCGUUAUAUUGAUAAUGCUGAAGUUAUACAGGACUGAACCUGUGGUGAUUUUUCCGAAGGGGAUUCUCUGGCCCCUGGACAAAAUCCUCAGCUGGCCCAGCACCUACGAGGACUCAAUUUCCCUCGCUAUGUGGACGGGUCUGUUGACAAUAGUCAGCAGAACCACAUAAAUCUCUCCAAAUUCAAAUGAUAAAUAAUAAAAAUGAUAAAAUAA